CCGAGCGCGGACCUGACGCCCGGGUCGCCAGCAUCUCCCUGCCGCAGCAGGCUGUCAGCGCGCCCCGGCCUUGCUCCCCUUGCUUUCUUGUGGCCGCCCCGGCUGCUUUCUUGGCCCCAGCGCCCGAGCACCUGCCUCUGCCCCGGCCCAGCCGCACCCCUUCCUCGGGAGCACCCCGCUGCUGCAGCCCGGGAGGUACCCAGCCCCGCGCCGGCGACCACCAUGGCGGAGACCAACAACGAGUGCAGCAUCAAGGUGCUCUGCCGAUUUCGGCCUCUUAACCAGGCCGAGAUUCUGCGGGGGGACAAGUUCAUCCCCAUUUUCCAAGGAGACGACAGCGUCGUCAUUGGGGUUUCUUAUUUUGAGAUUUACCUGGACAAGAUUCGUGACCUUCUGGAUGUGACGAAGACAAAUCUGUCUGUGCACGAGGACAAGAACCGGGUGCCCUUCGUCAAGGGCUGUACUGAACGCUUUGUGUCUAGCCCAGAGGAGAUACUGGAUGUGAUUGAUGAAGGGAAAUCGAAUCGUCAUGUGGCUGUCACAAACAUGAAUGAACAUAGCUCUCGGAGCCACAGCAUCUUCCUCAUCAACAUCAAGCAGGAGAACAUGGAAACAGAGCAGAAGCUCAGUGGGAAGCUGUAUCUUGUGGACCUGGCAGGGAGCGAGAAGGUCAGCAAAACUGGAGCCGAAGGAGCUGUGCUGGAUGAAGCAAAGAACAUCAACAAAUCGCUGUCCGCCCUGGGGAAUGUGAUCUCCGCACUGGCUGAGGGCACCAAAAGCUAUGUUCCAUAUCGCGACAGCAAAAUGACACGGAUCCUCCAGGACUCUCUGGGAGGAAACUGCCGGACGACCAUGUUCAUCUGCUGUUCACCGUCCAGUUACAAUGAUGCAGAGACCAAGUCCACCCUGAUGUUUGGGCAGCGAGCAAAAACCAUUAAGAACACUGCCUCCGUGAAUCUGGAGUUGACUGCUGAGCAGUGGAAGAAGAAAUAUGAGAAGGAAAAGGAGAAGACCAAGGCCCAGAAAGAGACCAUCGCGAAGCUGGAGGCUGAGCUGAGCCGCUGGCGCAAUGGAGAGAAUGUGCCUGAGACAGAGCGCCUGGCUGGAGAAGACGCAGCCCUGGGAGCCGAGCUGUGUGAGGAGACUCCUGUGAAUGAUAACUCAUCCAUCGUGGUGCGCAUUGCACCUGAGGAGCGACAGAAAUAUGAGGAGGAGAUCCGCCGCCUCUAUAAGCAGCUGGAUGACAAGGAUGAUGAGAUCAACCAGCAGAGCCAGCUCAUUGAGAAACUCAAGCAGCAGAUGUUGGACCAGGAAGAGCUGCUGGUGUCCACACGAGGAGACAAUGAGAAGGUCCAGCGGGAGCUGAGCCACCUGCAAUCGGAGAAUGAUGCUGCGAAGGACGAGGUGAAGGAAGUGCUGCAGGCCCUCGAAGAGCUGGCAGUGAACUAUGACCAGAAGUCCCAGGAGGUGGAGGAGAAGAGCCAGCAAAACCAGCUUCUAGUGGAUGAGCUAUCUCAGAAGGUGGCCACCAUGCUGUCUCUGGAGUCUGAGCUGCAGCGGCUCCAGGAGGUCAGUGGACACCAGCGAAAGCGAAUUGCUGAAGUGCUGAACGGGUUGAUGAAAGACCUGAGUGAGUUCAGUGUCAUCGUGGGCAAUGGCGAGAUUAAACUGCCGGUGGAGAUCAGUGGGGCCAUUGAGGAGGAGUUCACCGUGGCCCGACUCUACAUCAGCAAAAUCAAGUCAGAGGUCAAGUCAGUGGUCAAGCGGUGUCGGCAGCUGGAGAACCUGCAGGUGGAAUGUCAUCGCAAGAUGGAGGUGACUGGGCGGGAGCUUUCGUCUUGCCAGCUCCUCAUCUCGCAGCAUGAGGCUAAGAUCCGCUCGCUUACGGAAUACAUGCAGAGUGUGGAGCUGAAGAAGCGGCACCUGGAAGAGUCCUAUGACUCCCUGAGUGAUGAGCUGGCCAAGCUCCAGGCCCAGGAAACUGUGCAUGAAGUGGCCCUGAAGGACAAGGAGCCAGACACACAGGACGCAGAUGACGUGAAGAAGGCCCUGGAGCUACAGAUGGAGAGUCACCGGGAGGCCCAUCACCGGCAGCUGGCCCGGCUCCGGGAUGAGAUCAACGAGAAGCAGAAGACCAUUGAUGAACUCAAAGACCUAAAUCAGAAGCUCCAGUUAGAGCUGGAGAAACUCCAGGCUGACUAUGAGAAGCUCAAGAACGAAGAACAUGAAAAGAGCACCAAGCUUCAGGAGCUGACAUUUCUGUACGAGCGACACGAGCAGUCCAAGCAGGACCUCAAGGGCCUGGAGGAGACAGUUGCUCGUGAACUCCAGACCCUCCACAAUCUUCGCAAGCUGUUCGUUCAAGACGUCACGACUCGAGUCAAGAAAAGUGCAGAAAUGGAGCCCGAGGACAGUGGGGGGAUUCACUCACAAAAGCAGAAGAUUUCCUUUCUUGAGAACAACCUGGAACAACUUACAAAGGUUCACAAACAGCUGGUACGUGACAAUGCAGAUCUGCGUUGUGAGCUUCCUAAACUGGAAAAACGACUUAGGGCUACGGCUGAGAGAGUUAAGGCCCUGGAGGGUGCACUGAAGGAGGCCAAGGAGGGUGCCAUGAAGGACAAGCGCCGGUACCAGCAGGAGGUGGACCGCAUCAAGGAGGCUGUACGGUACAAGAGCUCUGGCAAGAGAGGCCAUUCUGCCCAGAUUGCCAAACCUGUACGGCCUGGCCACUACCCGGCAUCCUCCCCCACCAACCCCUAUGGCACCCGGAGCCCUGAGUGCAUCAGUUACACCAACAGCCUUUUCCAGAACUACCAGAAUUUAUACCUGCAAGCUGCACCUAGCUCCACUUCAGAUGUGUACUUUGCUAACUCCUGCGCCAGCAGUGGAGCCCCAUCUUCUGGUGGCCCCUUGGCUUCAUAUCAGAAGGCCAACAUGGACAAUGGAAAUGCCACAGACAUCAAUGACAAUAGGAGUGACCUGCCCUGUGGCUAUGAGGCUGAGGACCAGGCCAAGCUUUUCCCUCUCCACCAAGAGACAGCAGCCAGCUAAUCUCCGACAGGACGAUGGCUACAUACCUGCACUUUCAGUUUCUAAGAGGGACUGAGGCCUCUUCUCUCAGCAUGCUGCAAACCUGUGGUCUCUGAUACUAACUCCCUCCCCAACCCCUGUUGUUGGACUGUAUUGUUGGAUGUCUUCUCUUACUGACUGUAUCUCUUUGUACUCUGUAUCUAUAUAUCAGAAGCUGCUGCUAUGUCUCUCCUCUCUCUGUCCUGCUCUCUAAAUAUUUAGUAAUGUAUUUAGCGAUUUCUAAGCAUAGUCUAGCCUCCUCAUUUGGGACAAUAGAGGGGAGGGGAAGGGUUUCUUCUUUCUCUCAUAUACUAGUCCCUCACACGGAGUGGUGGUAGUCACUGACCAGAGGUCACAGAGGAUGAAAGAAGAAAAGAGAAGUAGAGGGCUAUGAUCCUUCUUUCGCACACAUGUGUACACAUGCACACAUACAUACACACAUGUACAUACAAAGCCUUAAGCAGAAAAAUGUCUUAGCACCCUCAGAAGACAGAAAUACACUCUUCCUCUCUUCUCUUUCAUGAGUGGUACAGGGGAAGGUGAAAAGGAAGGGCUUCUAAAUUAUACAAAUAAUUUUCUUCAUGUGCCCCUCACCUGAAGCAAGAGAUCCCAGGUGUUUACCUCUGUCCUACGAAGUCUGCCUUUGGCCUUCUCCGUUUUCCCCUGGGCUGAGAAACAUGGACUGUUUAAAGGACAUGUCCCUUUGUCACCCAAGGCCCUUUUAAUACUCUCUACCCCAGAACUCAGAAUUGACUAAAAAUAUUUUCAGUGAGCAGACAGAUGCUUCCCGAUCUGUCAGUGGUCACGAUAGCAGGGAAAUGCCAUCAGAAUGAUUAGUCCUGGGUCUGGAGAAUGAACCAGCUGUGAAGUUGCUAGGUGGUUUGUUUUUU